UGCGAUUCCGGUCAGUUUGAUUUUUGUUUACAAUAUGAAGAGAGUUAUUGACUUGAUGAUAAUAUUUUCGUUGUUGGUAGUAGGAAAUUGUUUGCACAGAAACAGACUGGUCGAUUAUUUAAAUAAGGCGACCGAUGAUGGCUACGUAUUUCGCUACCGUACUGAUGAUGGUCAAUUUCGGGAAGAGAGGGGAGAAAUUGUGAAUGCCGGCGCUGAUCAAGUUCUUCGAGUCACUGGAAAGUACUCGUACUAUGGACCAGAUGGCAAACUCUACGAAUCGACCUAUUCAGCUAACGAAAAUGGAUAUACGAGUAAAUAUAAAAGCUCAGUGAUAACCGCGCCUAAAGGACCCGGGAUUUUGAGGAUUUCAACUGCACUGUUAAGCUCCUUGGCUGGAGGAGGAAUUGGUUAAGCGUUGG